GCUGAAGUGGUCUCCCAGCCCGCAGACAUUCAUGACUGUUUGUGAGAGCUUAUACUAAGAACUCUCUCCGAACUUGAUACUACUAGGUCUUGUCGACAGCACUGACCCAAGUCCCUGUGCCUGGACCUCGAAACAGCCCCCCGUCAAACUCGGUCUCCACCCUGGGGACAGUGCCGGGUGUUGUACUAAACACUCCCCUCCAUCAUCUGCCGUUCCUCUGGCUGCCAUCCAUUUCCAUAUACAAGUACACACUUGCACCAUCAACCUCAAACAUCACUUCCCUGGUGUCUUGAGUAUCGUGUUGUUCCUUCGCUUCCACCACACCUUGCGCCAAACACGUCUCGCGAGAUUCUUUUAUCUCGACUAUCUUGUUUGGCCUGAUCUGUAUCGACAUUGAUGUUCUCAGGACCACGUUACUAGUGACGGGUCAAAGUCCAGACAACUUGGUCUGGUUGAGGAAGCGGCAAAGUUGAAUAGUUUAUGCUCUCAUGACAACCGCAACGGCAUACCCGGCCACUAUGGCAGAUUUGAGAGGACACCCAGGGCAUUCAAGCAUGUGGUCAAGUUACGGAGGCUCAGUACACAUACCAGGUCGAGUGGCAGAUCCCAUGCCAUCAACUUCUUCGCCGCUCUCAGGACGGACUAGUAGUAACCAUACCGAGAUGGAUCAGCCCUCUUACCCCUACAGCCGAUAUCCCCAAGACGACCAAGAAGCAUACGACAGACCUGCGCACCCAGAAAUUGUCUCACAUCACGGCUACCCAAACCUGAAGAGGUCUUUCUCUGAAGCAGAGCCACCUGCUUACCAGGAAAUUGUCCAGGAUCUCCGUGACGACAACUCCAAGAUGACAGCCAGCCACGAGCACAAGCUCCUGGCCUUCAAGAGGACACAGGAUAAGCACACCAUUGUUGACCAGCAAGGUCGCAUGCAACAACUAGAGCUGUCCGCUCAACUCCACGGGAUGUUCUUCCUGUCCGAAAUGCCUGCGAAUACAUCAGAUGGCUCGCUCAGACAGCCUGAGUUGACCUGCUACCGAAGAAAUCUAUUUCAAAUCAGCGGCACACUUGUUACUCCACGAGGUCAGCUGUCUGUGAUCACCGAAUCUGGCGAGACUGUUGCAGUCAGCAACAUGGAGGUUACUAUUUCUGCCAUUGAGUCUGUCGAUGGCAACCCGGUCCGAUUAAUCGUGAUUCCGUGGAAAACCCCCCCACCAAACUCACCAGAGACAAACCAAACCCCAGAUCAAGAACCACAGUCUCUGCCCCUAAUUCCUUUCCAGGACGAUGGGACAGAAUCUGAUGGCGAAUAUGCUGUGUACCCCAUCGGCUGGCGACGCCUUCAAUUCAGGAUUGCAACUGCAAACAAUGGUCGUCGAAAGGAGCUCCAGCAACAUUUCGUCCUUCAUCUCAAAGUCGUUGGAACAUUGGCCAACGGUACCAAGACUGUGCUCACAGAAUCCACGACGGCGCCCAUCGUCGUCAGAGGGCGAAGCCCUCGCAACUUUCAAGCUCGAAAAGAGAUCCCUUUGUUGGGAUCCAGUGCAGGAUCCCGAGGACAAGCCCUUGUGGAAACUGGAGUGGGAGUUGUUGCGGGGCCCCUGAGCGCAAAGCACCAGGAAGCGAAACCGAGAGGCAUUGACGCUCAGCUCCCACGGACAGCCUUUACCUUCAACGCGCCGAAGAUCCCGGGCACACAAUUAGGCCCAAUACGAUCUCACUCAUAUCCAACUUGGGGGACACCGCCGGCCCAGGUGCCCUUAGGUCAUAUCCCAACCUCCGGCGCAGAGAGUUAUCCUGCGGCAUCAAUGGGCCCUCUGGCUGGUACGACAAGUUUCCCUGCUGAAUCACAAGGAAUGCCCAUUCAAUCAUCGAUGGAACCCCCUGUGCCCAUAUCCAUGACAACGACUGGCCCCCCGCAGUUAUCGAUACACACCACUCCGCUCGGAAGCCAUGACCAGGCCAUGAACAUCCCUCGUUACGUCGACAACCCAAGGCCGUUGAAAAGCCCCCGACACAUGAGUCAUCCAUCGAUAAGGAGUGCGGGCUCAGUAGCGAACACCGACGCCUCUCCAGAAUAUCGAUACGCCCCGUAUGCCCCCGUGAACUCGAGUUCUAGCGAGGUUGCGCAGCCAAGUUACAACCCAGAAACGUCUGGGCCACCUUCAGUGCCUGCAAGGGACUACUACGCGCCCGCGCAUACCUGGACAUCAGCGCCUGGGGAGCAUAGUGCGAACCUGGCAUAUGCCAGCACUGCCGAGUCUCGGCCAUACCCUUUCCCUCAAGACGAGUACAAGAGUACACCUGCGGGAACUUCGCCAACGAAGACCGAAUCGAGCCAGCCGCAGGCUUCGUCGGUCUAUAACGGAGCCACGAGAGGCUCUUUUGAUGCCAUGCAUCAAUAUUCCUGGAAUGGGAACUAGACUUCUAUGUCUUAUUUUAUCCACAGUUAAGAAGCUCGCGUUUGACGAUAUACAAAAGUUGCCAUCAAAAGAUGUUGGCCUAACGAGAAGCAUGACAACCACUGGACUUGUGGAGCGCUUGGUUCGUUUGUCAGUGAGCUUGUAACAAUACCUACUGGAGUUUUUCUAUUUUUUAUGACGGAUGGUGUUGGCAAUCUGAAUUGGGCGGCUUGCACUGAUUUGAAACAUGGAUACCAGAAAGUAGACGGAGCCGGAUGCAGAGGCAAGAAUGAUGAAGAGUUAAUGGGGGUGAAGAGGACUGGCCGAAGGAGAAAGAAGGAAGAGGAUCUGAUACACGAGGAUUGAUAACGGAUGACUAGAGGCUAAUGACGCUGGGGAACGAUAAGAACUGGUCAAUUCGAAGCCUCUGAUUAAUGCAGAGCGGCUGGUUCUGCAACGAUUCGAGACGCCGUUGCAUGUCUGGGGCUAAAGGACGGGUCAGGCGAAACACGGGCGUAUCUUCUUCUCUGAUUUUGUUUGUUAAUGUUCUUAUUUAUUUUCUCCUGCGGGUAUGGAUCUGCGGAUUGUACCAGUUCCGUCAUAGGGCGGAGUUAUUGUGUCAAGCGGCAUGUCGAAAAAGUUGCCGCUGAGGUCGAGUUCCCUUAUGUAUCGAUGAAGUAGUUAAAAAACAAUCGGAAUGUGAUGAAGAA